CAAUCUCAAGUCCGAACAACCUCCUAAAAACAAAAUGAAACAACGAUAAGUAGCCUCGUGUUUUUUUCAGAAAGCUCGUUAAAUCACUUCACCACUCAAACACAAUGAUCAACUGUCUGCAGACUGUUUGCCGUAAUCCUAUCUUACUGGGUUCUUCUUCUUCGCUGUUUCCAAACAAUUUCAAAGUUACUAUCCAUUAUCCCAAUGGAAUCAAAGAGGCCAACUGCUUCAGAAAGGCUAAACUUUCCGAGAAAAAUCGAAGUAAUUUUGUGGUAAACGGAUUGCCUUUUCCAGUAGAUCCAUGGUCACCCACCAUUGAUUCACAGAGUAUAGCUUCACAACUCUUUGCUUUCUCGUUGUUUCCGUACAUUGGGUUUUUGUACUUCAUCACCAGAUCCAAUUCCGCGCCGAAGCUUACCCUUUUUGGUUUUUACUUCUUGCUUGCUUUUGUUGGUGCCACCAUCCCUGCAGGAAUAUAUGCUAAGGUGCAUUAUGGAACUUCCUUAUCAAAUGUCGAUUGGUUACAUGGUGGUGCUGAAUCACUUCUGACUUUGACCAAUCUGUUUAUUGUUAUUGGCCUAAGACAAGCUCUUAAGAAAAAACCCAAUCACCCAAACCAACUUGUACCUGAUGCUGAAUCUGUGGUACCAGAUGACAAAACUCCAUCCACAUAGCUCCAAACUUGGGAAUUACAUGAAGCAGAUAUAAAUAUUUAUGUGGCUUAUGCUUUUAUUCAAGUUCAAGAAGAGUUGUCAACUGUCAAAAUAUUGUAUUUAUAUGUUAAUUUUAGAUGUUCCUUGGCUACAAAACCUUACAUUCCUGUUUGUACAAAACAAAUAUAGCUGUAGAAAUUCAGAAUUUA